GCGCUAAGAAAAAAUAAAAGGGCGGAGGAGAAGAGGGGUAGGCUCCAUAUCUUUGGGUGCUUUUCGGUGACGGAAUUGUUCUUCUCUCGCGCUCUCCCGUUGCCGAUCGUCUCCCUGAAUGCCUCACCAGUGUUCAGGUCAAUUGUGGCGACUAAUAAGAAGAGCAGCGAGGGACCAAUAAGAUGGUGUUCGGAGAUUAGCAACACGAUUAUUACUAUAUACUACUUCAUAGAUCUUUAAUAUGACAAUGAUAAGAUGUGAAGGCUAAUCUCCCAGGGAAGACUAACCCUCUAGGGAUCCUCUAACUAAUAUGAGUUCCCUCAGCAUACAUACUUGUAUAGAUAUAUACUCACCUGAAUGAGAUUCUUCGAGAUGGCUGUAGCUGUUGAUCAACACAAUUAUGGUUUCAAGCUAUUUGGCAGACCUCCAAGAUGCAAACUUCAAUCUUACUCUCAUCUUGAUUUCUCUAAUCUCGAAUCAAGCCAAACAAAUUCCACAUGUCCUCAAGAGCAUGCUGCUUUUGAAUUUCCAAACAUGCACAAAAGUUACUCCAGCCCUUGUUUAUCCCUUUCCAAAAAACUUGAUGAUGAACUUGACACAUAUAAUCCUCCAAGAAUUGAAAUCAUAGCAGGCCAUGGAGCUCCGCAUGUGCAUGCUCUUGUUAUCGAGGUUGCUAUAAUCUUGGCCUCUGGAAUAAUUCCUGAGCCAGUACCUAGUGGCCUGGGUGGCGCUUACUUCCUUCAAUCUAGUAAUGGCAACAGAGUAGCUGUAGCAAAACCAAUCGAUGAGGAGCCGCUGGCCAUCAAUAACCCAAAAGGCUUUGGCGGUCGGAUGUUGGGUCAACCGGGCCUAAAGCCCUCCAUCAGGGUAGGUGAAACCGGCUUUCGAGAGUUGGCUGCAUAUCUCCUUGAUCACGGCGGGUUUGCCGGUGUCCCCCCUACUGCCCUUGUCAAGAUUUCUCAUGUGGCAUUCAAUGUAAAUACUUCCAAAUCAAUUUCGCCUCCACCUUAUAAGAUUGCCUCGCUUCAACGUUUUGUGGACCAUGAUAACGAUGCAGGAGAGAUUGGUCCUUCAUGCUUUUCAGUUGCUUCAGUUCACAGCAUUGGGAUUCUAGACGUGAGACUUCUUAACCUUGACAGACAUGCCGGAAACAUUCUAUUGAAACAAAGACAAGAAGGUUAUGCUGUUGAAUCAGCAAAGCUUGUCCCAAUAGACCAUGGUCUUUGUUUGCCUGAAUCACUUGAUGAUCCAUAUUUUGAGUGGUUGCAUUGGCCUCAGGCUUCUAUUCCAUUCUCAGAGUCUGAGAUUGAUUACAUUAACAGUCUUGAUCCUUUCAAAGAUGCAGAAUUGAUAAGAAAUCGGUUGCCAUCUAUAAGAGAAUCGUCUAUUCGAGUUCUUGUAGUUUGCACCAUCUUCUUGAAGUCCGCUGCUGCUUUUGGGCUUUGCCUUGCAGAUAUUGGUGAAAUGAUGACUCGAGAAUUUUGUGGAGGGGAGGAAAGGUGGAGUGUUCUAGAGACUCUUUGUUCGAAGGCCAAGGCCAGUUUGGAGACUACUAGAACCAUCGUUGUCAACACCAACGUUGAUCAAAAUAUAGAUGAAGAAGACUACGAAGUUUUUCAAUUGGAUGAUGAAUCUGAAAGUGUCAUCAUUGAGGAAGGCGGCUUAGGCCGUGCAAAAAUCUUGCAGAGCACAGUAAUCAGUGGAAAACCACCAAAAAUCCCAAGGUUUUCAUCACUAGGGUCUAUGAAUACGUUGGAUGAUAGUGUCAUAAAUUUCUUCUGUCAAAAAAGUUCUGGUGAUGGUGGUAUCAAAGUGGAUUAUGAGUAUUGUAAUGCUAGUGAAUUUCAGAAGGGCGGUGGAUUGAUGAAGAGCAAGAGCUAUUCUGCAGCUACGUACCAGACUGAUUGUGAAGGUAUUUGUUUUGGUGAGAUUAGCAGUACAGAAUGGGAGAUGUUCUUGGAGGUUUUCCAGAAAAUCUUACCAGAGGCUUUUGAGGUCAGAAAGUGUGGUGGCUUGUCAAAGCAAAGGUUGGGAUCUUCAUACUAAUCCUUUAUCAGGAAGAGAAAUAUGGAUCCCAAAAGCUUUACUGCCAUGUAUCUAGUGUUCAAUAUAGGUGUAAAAUUAAAGCUGAAUUGACUUC